CGCAUUCUCUACUCAAUAAUAUAUCUCACCAUCCCCCCCCCUCGCCUACCUUACCUCCUCAGCAUCAUCCUCGGCACCCGCGUGCGCAUCAUGUCUACCAGCUCCUACCGAUAACAAUCGCCUCACCCAGAACGCACCUUGUGUGCUCAGACAUUUUGACCAAGAGUAUUAAGACGUACCAUGACACCCCAGGUCCUGCCAUUCGUAAUAUUGGGUGGCAUAGUCAUCGCAUCGGCAGCGCAGACUGAAGUCGCCCAUCAUGUCACUGCCUACCUACACUUCGAUAAACCCUACUUCACCUUCUUCCUCACCCAUUCGACCUUCUCUCUGAUCUUUCCCCUACAUCUGGGGCUUUUGUAUUUCACCAGCCCCAUACCUGUCUCGGCAUACCUCGCUUCGAUCCGGUUCGUUCUGACGGAACAGCUUGGUCUGGCGAGUCCUCAUAUGCCAGUUUCCACCCGCGAGUACACUGCCUCCUGGCGAGAUAUCCUCCCCAUAUGGAGCCAGAAGGUCGCUCUCCUGACGGCACUAGUCACAGUUCCUGCCUUGUCAUGGUUUGUUGCUAUGCAGUACUCGAUGCCCGUCGACAUCACGAGCAUCUACGCUACAAGCAGCUUUGCGGCAUAUGGGUUUAGCUUGCUAUUGCUAGGGGAGACGCUGAGCAGGAUGACACUUGGCAGCAUACUGUUGGCGUUUUUAGGAGUUAUUAUUAUCAGCCUUGAUGGGAUCGAUAGCGGUGAAGGAGAUUCGAGUAGAAGAGCUUUUGGUGAUGGGGUCAUGCUGUUCGGCGCAAUCGCUCUCGGGUUAUACGAAGUGAUCUACAAAUUGACUCUGCCUGAAGGGCAUGGAGGCGUGACCGUCGCUCCUGACGAGGAAGAAGACUACGAUCCCCUGCCUACGUCGCACACACCCCCUCAUUCGCCAGAAUCCAGCGCAAUCAGCCAUCGGUCACAUUUUCACCCUCAUCGCUCCGCAUCGACCCCGGAUAUCCCUCUAGAUACUGCCUCGCCUGUCCUUGAAGACGAGCAUGAGCGGCCAUAUGCUCUUCGUCGAUACACCUCGGCCUCACAGCUCAUCAAACCUGGAGCGCCCCAUUAUCCUGGCCACCCAGUUCCCCUUCCACCCGCUCUGCAUGCCAAUUUCAUCACGAGCUGUAUUGGUGUGGCAACAUUCUUAUUUCUCUGGCCACCCAUAAUCUGGCUACAUUGGAUGGGUUUUGAGACUUUCCAAUGGCCUGGGCAGGUGGGCGAGAGCGCUGUCAUGGUCUGGGGCGGACUAGCUGUCGUAGCUUGGGGUGGUGCUCUAUACGUACGUGGAUCGUUACAUUAGACCGAGGCCGCUACUGAUGUGCCUAUAGAACGCUGGUCUCAUGGUGCUCAUUGGUGUAUGGGGUCCCACAACCUCGUCAGUCGCAAACCUAUUGGCAAUCGGCUUGGUGGCUCUGGUAGAUGCCCUGUGGGUAGGAAUCAUGCCGGAUCUGCAGACGUUUGUGGGAGUGGCUUUCAUAUGUGCCGGUUUCGGUGGCGCGCUGUGGGAGGGCGAUCCUUGAUGGAUGACAUGUGUUACGAAUGAUUAUCUACGCUCUCUCAGUAUCUCACAUCCAUCGAAGUAAAUGUAUUGUAUCCAUAGACGACUGCUUCAUGAACGAGC